CUACAGGUAAACCAUGUGGGUGAACCCAGCGUCCAUCGCAAAAAUGAUCUUUGUAUCUCCCUACACAAGGCAGCCCACCAUUCCACUAUCACGGCAUGUCAGCACCAUCGUGAAGAGACGUACCGCGACCCGCACUCCCUUUUUUUCCAUGCAGUAAGUACCAGUGCGUCGUCCAGUCGCCCAACGCAUAAAUUAGAGCCAAUUUAACACCUCGCCAGCGUCACAUCUCCGAGUUUACCGCAGCAUUUUCGGCCAACAAUGAAAAGUGAGAGCAAGAGCACGUGUUUUUUACUCCUCGAAGAUGGUACCGUUCUACCUGGCGAACCCUUUGGGGCGAAAAACCAAGUCGACGGGGAAGUCGUGUUCCAGACCGGCAUGGUGGGUUACCCCGAAUCUCUAACCGACCCGAGCUACCACGCUCAAAUCCUGGUACUAACGUACCCCCUCGUGGGCAAUUACGGCGUUCCAGAGCCGCUGAAAGACCCCAACGGUUUACCCUAUUUUUUCGAGUCGCACCAAAUUUGGGCUUCUGGGCUUGUGGUGGGUGAGCACUGUGACACUCCCAGCCACUGGCGCAGCCUCCGAACCCUCUCCGAAUGGAUGAAAGCCGAAAACAUUCCCGGUAUCCAAGGAAUCGAUACCCGAGCUCUUACAAAAAAAAUCCGGGAAAAGGGGACCAUGUUGGGACGCAUUGUGUAUAGUCUCCCCAUAGAAACCAACAUUAAAAUCGUGGACCCCAACACCCGAAACUUAGUCCAAGAGGUUUCGGUUAAGAGAGUCGUCACGUACAACCCGAAAGGUUCCCCGAGGAUUUGUGCAGUCGAUUGUGGUCUAAAGUACAACCAAAUUAGGUGCUUGGUUAGUAGAGGUGCUCGGGUUGAUGUGGUACCGUGGAACCACAAACUCAACGUGAACGAGUACGACGGGCUUUUUUUGAGCAACGGACCUGGAGACCCAGCUAUGUGUAAAACCACCAUUGAGAACAUCAAGGAAGUGAUUAAAGGACCUGUGAUUAAACCCAUUUUUGGGAUUUGUUUAGGGCACCAGUUGCUUUCGGUGGCUAUCGGCUGCCACAGCUAUAAAAUGAAGUACGGCAACCGCGGCCACAACCAACCCUGCAUCCAUCAUGGUACCUCUCGGUGCUAUAUGACAUCCCAGAAUCACGGUUUUGCUAUAAAUACAGACAUCCUUCCAUCCGACUGGGAAAUUCUGUUUACCAACGCCAACGAUAAGACCAACGAAGGCAUCAUCCACUCGUCACUACCCUACUUUAGUGUGCAGUUCCACCCAGAACAUACCGCAGGUCCUCAAGACCUUGAAUGUCUCUUCGACGUGUUUCUCUCUCUUGUCCAAAACCACCAAAAGCAAGUUUCUGCUAAAGCUCUCCUAACCCACAAACUUACAUUCUCUCUUCAACCACCACCUCUUGCCGAAAGACCCAAAAAAGUUUUAAUUAUCGGGUCUGGAGGUCUUUCUAUAGGUCAAGCCGGUGAGUUCGACUACUCCGGUUCUCAAGCUAUUAAAGCUCUCCGCGAAGAAAACAUCCAAACCGUACUGAUAAACCCCAAUAUUGCUACAGUUCAAACGUCCAAGGGUCUAGCCGAUAAGGUGUACUUUCUCCCGUUGGUACCCGAGUACGUGGAACAGGUCAUACGUGUGGAACGUCCAGGAGGUGUUCUUCUAACAUUCGGGGGUCAAACGGGUCUCAAUUGUGGUGUGGAGCUCGAAAGAGCGGGCAUUUUUAAAAAAUACAAUAUAAAGAUUCUCGGGACACCAAUUCAGGCUAUCAUUGAUACAGAAGAUCGGAAGAUAUUUAGUGAACGCAUAGCUGCUAUAGGGGAGAAGGUAGCACCCAGCAUGGCUGCACACUCUGUGGAAGAGGCUCUAGAAGCCGCUGAACAACUCGGCUACCCUGUCAUGGCACGGGCCGCCUUUUCCCUAGGUGGGUUAGGCUCGGGCUUCGCUGACAAUAAAGACGAACUGAAGACUUUAGCCGUGCAAGCACUAGCCCACUCGAGCCAGUUAAUCAUCGACAAGUCUUUGAAAGGUUGGAAGGAAGUGGAGUACGAAGUAGUACGUGACGCUUUCGACAACUGCAUCACCGUGUGCAACAUGGAGAAUGUAGACCCUUUGGGAAUCCACACAGGAGAGUCAAUAGUGGUAGCCCCCAGUCAAACCUUAUCCAACAAAGACUACAACUUAUUGCGUACCACCGCAAUCAAAGUUAUUAGGAACUUCGGCGUCGUGGGUGAGUGUAACAUUCAGUACGCCGUUAACCCCAACGCUGAAGAGUACUACAUCAUCGAAGUCAACGCCCGGUUGUCACGCAGCUCCGCCUUAGCCAGUAAAGCCACAGGCUACCCUUUGGCGUACAUCGCCGCUAAACUCGCCCUCGGAGUACCACUCCCCGCCAUCAAAAACUCCGUCACUGGAGUCACCACCGCGUGCUUCGAACCCAGCUUGGACUACUGCGUGGUAAAAAUCCCACGCUGGGACCUCCACAAGUUCUCGCGCGUGAGUACCAAAAUCGGCAGCUCUAUGAAAAGCGUAGGCGAAGUUAUGGCCAUCGGGCGCAAGUUCGAAGAAGCUUUCCAAAAGGCGCUUCGCAUGGUCGACGAAAACGUGAUGGGGUUCGACCCGUACUUGAAAGACGUGAACGACGAAGAGCUGGAGGAACCAACCGACAAAAGGAUGUUUGUGGUGGCGGCGGCGCUCAAACAAGGGUACUCAGUCGACAAGUUGUACGACUUGACGAAAAUAGACCGCUGGUUCUUGGAAAAAAUGAAGAAGAUUAUUGAUUGGACGAGUCUGCUGGAAACCAUAGAUCAGUCACACCUGUCGCACGAUAUUCUUCUCAAAGCCAAGCAGAACGGGUUUUCGGACAAGCAAAUCGCGUCGUUUGUGAAGAGUACCGAGCUGGCGAUUCGGAAGCAACGGGAGGAGUUCGGGAUUAAGCCGUUUGUUAAACAGAUUGAUACUGUGGCGGCGGAGUGGCCCGCCACCACGAACUAUCUCUAUAUCACGUAUAAUGCGACGUCGCACGACUUGUGUUUUGAUGAAAAACACACCAUGGUGAUCGGUUCUGGGGUUUACCGAAUCGGGAGUUCGGUGGAGUUUGAUUGGUGCGCUGUUGGGUGUUUGCGCGAGCUGCGCAGACUCGGACGGAAGACCAUCAUGAUCAACUAUAACCCAGAAACGGUUAGUACCGACUACGACAUGUCGGAUCGUCUCUACUUUGAAGAAAUCUCGUUCGAAGUAGUGAUGGAUAUCUACACGAUUGAAGACCCCGUGGGGAUUAUUUUAUCAAUGGGUGGCCAACUCCCGAACAACAUCGCGAUGGACUUGCAUAGACAACAAGCUCGAAUUUUGGGUACUUCGCCUGAUUCGAUCGACGGGGCAGAAAAUCGCUUCAAGUUCUCGAGAAUGUUGGACAAAAUCGGCAUCAUGCAACCCCAGUGGAAAGAACUGACCAACCUAGAGUCAGCUAUUGAGUUUUGCGAGAAAGUGGGGUACCCGUGCUUGGUACGACCGUCGUACGUGCUCAGUGGUGCUGCGAUGAACGUGGCACACUCAAACCAAGACUUGAAGACGUACCUCAACGCGGCUAGCGACGUCAGUAAGGAGCACCCAGUGGUCAUUUCCAAGUUUAUUUUGGAGUCGAAGGAGAUUGAUGUGGAUGCGGUUGCUUGCGACGGGGUUAUUUUGUGUAUGGCGGUGUCCGAACAUGUGGAGAACGCAGGUGUGCACUCUGGAGACGCCACUCUGGUGACACCUCCUCAAGACAUCAACGACGAAACGUUGACUAAGAUCAAAGACAUUUGUAAGAAAAUCGCGGCGUCGUUGGAAGUGACGGGACCUUUCAACAUGCAACUAAUAGCGAAGGAUAACGAUUUGAAGGUGAUCGAGUGUAACGUGAGGGUGUCGCGGUCGUUUCCUUUUGUUUCUAAAACUUUGGACCACGAUUUCGUGGCUAUGGCCACUCGAGUGAUAGUAGGGGAGAUGGUACAACCCGUCGACGUACUCAACGGUUGUGGUAAAGUAGGCGUGAAAGUACCGCAGUUCUCGUUUUCGCGACUGGCCGGUGCCGACUUUAUGUUGGGGGUGGAAAUGGCUUCCACUGGAGAAGUGGCUUGUUUUGGCGACAACCGGUUCGAAGCUUACUUGAAGUCCAUGAUGAGCACCGGCUUUACAAUCCCGGAAAAGUCCAUCCUUUUGUCAAUCGGUACUUUCAAGCACAAAAUGGAACUACUACCGAGCAUGCGCGUUCUACAAAAAAUGGGUUACAAGCUAUACGCAAGUCUCGGUACUGCCGAUUUUUACAACGAACACGGAGUGAAGGUGGAAUCCGUGCAAUGGACUUUCGAGAACAUCGAAGCCAUUACGAGUCAGGGCGAACUCAAACACUUGGCGGAGUUCUUGUCGAACAAGCAGUUCGACUUGGUGAUUAACUUGCCGAUGAGGGAUGGGGGUGCUCGGAGGGUGUCUUCGUUCAUGACGCACGGCUAUAGAACCCGGAGACUGGCUAUAGAUUAUUCGAUCCCUCUCGUGACGGAUGUUAAAUGUGUUAAACUCCUGGUGGAGGCGCUACGACGGAUCAGGAAAGCUCCCGCGAUGAAAACCCACACGGAUUGCAUGUCGUCCAGACGUCUGGUGACCCUGCCGGGGUUAAUUGACACUCAUGUUCACGUCCGGGAACCUGGUGCCACUCAUAAAGAGGACUACGCGUCGUGCACGGCAGCCGCUUUAGCGGGAGGCGUCACCAUGAUAUGCGCCAUGCCCAACACCAACCCGGCAGUCACAAAUCCAGAAACGCUGACCCUAGUGAAGGGUUUAGCACAAAAGAGUGCCCGGUGUGACUACGCCCUCUUCGUAGGUGCCUCCUCCGACAACUAUUCUAGUAUUCCGGAGCUAGCCCGCGAAGUUGCCGGUCUCAAAAUGUACCUAAACGAGACUUUCACUACGUUGCGUUUGAACGACUUGAAUGUCUGGAGCAAACACUUGUCCAGUUGGCCGAAGAAAGCGCCUUUGUGUGUACACGCCGAAGGACAAACCACUGCAGCGAUUAUUCUUCUGGCGCGUCUACACAACCGGCCAAUCCACAUCUGCCACGUCGCUAGAAAAGAGGAAAUCGAAAUUAUAAAAACCGCGAAAGAGCAAGGGUUUAGAAUUACGUGUGAGGUGUGUCCGCACCACUUGUUUUUGUCGAGCGACGACAUCAAAACUCUAGGGGUAUGCAAGAGUCAAGUUAGACCUGUCUUGAUGACUUUGGAAGACCAACAAGCUUUAUGGGAUAACCUCCACAUUAUAGAUUGUUUUGCCACUGAUCACGCCCCUCACACUCUGGAGGAAAAGACAAGUUCGAACCCACCUCCCGGCUUUCCAGGUUUGGAAACCAUUCUACCCCUACUACUCAACGCGGUGAACGAAGGUAGACUCACUAUGGACGACAUCAUCAACAAGUUCUACCACAACCCGAAGAAGAUUUUCAACCUCCCGGACCAACCUAACACUUACGUGGAGGUGGACCUUGACGAAGAAUGGGUGAUUCCAGAAAGCACUGCUUACAGUAAAGCCAAAUGGACCCCGUUUGCUGGAAGAAGGGUGAAAGGGGCCGUCCAUAGAGUCGUACUCCGGGGUGAAGUGGCCUACGUAGAUGGACAAAUCCUAGUACAACCUGGCUUCGGACAGAACGUCCGGAUCUGGGACGUCAAAAAACCCACUCCAAUCCCGACCAUCACCAACGGGUACUUCGACAAAAUCGAGUACAACGACGGCCAAACUAACGAAUUCUUCAAGAACUUGUCCGGCGGAAAAGUACACUUUUCGAGUACUCACGAACUCCACGUGGACAGUAGGUUAGAAACGGUUACCUCACCCACUCCUGGACGAAUCCGAACUGAUAGUUUCUCCGCUGUUGACCACCCCACCCACACCCUCAUCGGCAAGCACAUCCUCUCCGUCGACAUGUUCACUAAAGAACAACUCAACGACAUCUUCAACCUCGCUCAAGUCUUUCGAGUCACUUUUAGUAAAGACCGAGUGGUGGAUCCUCACUGGACCGAACUCCUCAAAGGCAAAAUCCUGUCGUCCGUCUUCUACGAAGUGAGUACUCGCACUACGUGCAGCUUCGCCGCUGCUAUGCAGAGACUCGGAGGCGGCGUCAUCUACAUGGACCAAACUAGUUCGUCGGUCAAAAAAGGCGAGACUUUGGAGGACUCGGUCACGAUUAUGGCGGAGUAUGGCGACGUGGUGGUACUCAGACACCCGGAAGUCGGUGCAGUUCAGCGGGCGUCGCACCACUGCCGCAAACCCUUGAUUAACGGCGGGGAUGGAAUCGGUGAGCACCCGAGUCAAGCGUUACUCGACAUCUUCACCAUCCGUGAAGAACUGGGUACCGUUAAUAAAAAAACGAUCACUUUGGUUGGUGAUUUGAAGCACGGGCGUACCGUCCACUCUUUGGUACGACUUUUGACGCUCUAUGACGUGCAGUUGCGCUACGUCAGUCCGCAGAGUUUGAAAAUGCCGAGUCACAUAACAAGCUACGUGGAAACUAAAGGGAUUCCGCAGAAUGAGUAUAGUACUUUGGAGGAAGUACUACCGGAUACGGACGUGCUGUACGUGACGCGGAUCCAGCGCGAGCGGUUUGAGUCAGAGGAUGACUAUAACAAGGCUUGCGGGCACUUCGUCGUGACGCCGCAUUUGAUGCGCAAAGCUAAGAAGAAGAUGGUAGUACUGCAUCCAUUGCCGAGGGUGUUCGAGAUUAGUCCGGAAUUGGAUACUGAUCCACGAGCCGCCUAUUUCCGGCAAGCUAAAAACGGGAUGUAUGUGAGGAUGGCGCUUUUGGCAAUGGUACUAGGAAAAUGCUAGAGUUUGUAAAUAAAGUUUUAUUAAAAGUA